GCUGCCAUGGAGGCGGCACCGCCCCUCUUCUCCUUCGGUGUCAUCGCGGACAUCCAGUACGCGGACGCGGAGGAUGGCUACGACUUCAGCGGGUGCCAGCGGCGGUACUACCGGCAGAGCCUUACCCUGCUACGGAACGCCGUGGAAGCGUGGGUCACCGAGCGGCCGCCGCUCAGCUUCGUGCUACAGCUCGGUGACAGCAUCGAUGGCCUCAAUGCCCGCCGCGGCGAGUCCGAGGGUGCCUUGGCACAGGUGCUGGCAGUGCUGCGGCGGCUGCCGGUGCCGGUGCACCACGCGUGGGGCAACCACGAGCUGUAUAACUUCAGCCGGGCCCGCCUGGCGCGCAGCGGCCUCAGCAGCCGGGCCGCCGGAGCCGUGGCCGGGCCGCCCGGCGGGGACUGCCAGGCCUAUCACUUCAGCCCGGCUCCGCCGUUCCGCGUCGUGUUGCUGGACGCCUACGACCUGAGCACCCUGGGCAGGGAGCCAGACAGCCCCCGGUACAGGGAGUCCCUGCGGCUGCUGCGGGAGAAGAACCCCAACGACAACCUCAACAGCCCCGCAGGGCUCCAGGAACCUCAGUUCGUAGAGUUUAAUGGAGGAUUUGGCCAAGCCCAGCUGGACUGGUUCAAUGAAGUCCUCAAGCUCUCUGAUGUAAACCAAGAAAAAGUUAUAGUUACAGGUCAUCUGCCCAUUCAUCCAGAUGCUUCAGACAGAGUGUCCCUAGCCUGGGAUUACCAAGAUGCCCUCUCGGUCAUACACUCCCACCAGUGUGUGGUCUGCUUCCUUGCAGGGCACUUGCACAUCGGUGGCUAUUGUCUGGACUCUCAUGGGGUUCAUCAUCUGACUUUGGAAGGGGUUAUUGAAACUCCAGCAGAGAGCAAUGCCUUUGGAACUAUUUAUGUCUACAAAGAUAAGAUGAUAUUAAAGGGAAGGGGCAGAAUUUCAGACAGGGUCAUGCACUUCUGAGAAAAGUAAGCAAAUCCAAAUCAUACUUCUUUGGGAAGGGCUCAGACUGAAA